CUGAGAAACCCUAGCUAUUUAAAGUGUUCGAAAGCAGAGAGGAAGAAUCAAGAAGAAGAAAGGCGAAAAUGCAGAUCUUCGUGAAAACUCUCACGGGUAAGACCAUCACUCUCGAGGUCGAGUCUAGCGACACUAUCGACAAUGUCAAGGCCAAGAUUCAAGACAAGGAAGGAAUUCCGCCGGAUCAGCAGAGAUUGAUCUUCGCCGGAAAGCAACUUGAAGAUGGCCGGACCCUUGCCGACUACAAUAUCCAAAAAGGUAAACGUUUAAUCUAGGGUUUUGUUCUUGAUGCCUUUUUGGAUUCAAUCACCGUGGAAUUUGACUUGAUUUGGGAUUCGAACAGAGUCUACUCUGCAUCUGGUGUUGAGGCUUCGUGGUGGAAUUAUCGAGCCGUCUUUGAUGGCUUUGGCUAGGAAGUACAACGCUGAGAAAACGAUCUGCCGCAAGUGCUAUGCUCGCCUUCAUCCCCGUGCUGUCAACUGCCGUAAGAAGAAAUGUGGUCACAGCAAUCAGGUUUUUAUUAUAUUUGGUAGCCCUGGUAUUUUAUUGUUUGUGAAGAGGUUAAAAAUAAUAUAAAUGAAGGUAUUAGAUGUAAAUAUGGAGAUAAUCUUUCACAACAAUUUUUUGGCUAGUUAUUGGUAAAUUAAGUUAUAUUUUUCUAAAAUGCAUUAUGAAUUAGUAGUAAAAAAGUAACUCAGUUUUUUUAAUGCUAGAGGAUUACAAACCUUAGUUGGCCCCUGAUUUGGAGCUAAGAAAGAGUUGGCAGCUCACCCCUUGGCCUUUUUUUACCUCGUCUUAAACACCAAUAGUUUCCAUCUCACAGCUUCGCAUGGUAAUGACAUUUUCCCAUUUUUUGGUUACAGUUGAGGCCAAAGAAGAAGAUCAAGUAGAUGAUGUGUGGGAAGGUUAUCCAAGGUUGUCAUCAUGGUUUUGCUUUCUUUUGUACCUGCAUGUGUCAUUGUGUUGUCUCAAACUAUUUAUCUGUUUCUUAAAUUAAGAAUGUUUUGACAUUAAGUUGAAGUUUUCUGUUCCAUUAAUGGUUUGGUAAUCAUUUUGGGUAACAUUCACCGUCGUUUACCUUCCCCCGUUCUUAGUUGUAAGCCAUACCCUCGUUUACCUUUGUUAAGGUUUAAAAAAAAACAACACCCAUCAAGAGAGCACUGGGCGCAAGUCCAUAAUUUCUAAUGGCUGCUCUGUGCAGACACUGCAAUUGCCGUUCAGCAUAUUUUAGGCUCGUGAAUCAAAUCUGGGAUAACUU